GUCUGUUUACGCGCUGUUUUCCUGGUUGUUCUCGUCUGCGUAUCGAUCGACUCGGCAAAACCAUUCAAUAUGUUUAUGAUAUUCAAAAUGGCGCGUACGAGGAACUUGAGCAUGCGGUGGAUCGAGACCCCGACUCAAGCCUGCAGCUGGAUGAAUUCGUUGACCACUGUGUGAUGAAAUAUUUUGAUACAGUCUACAGUGAUAUGGUGCCCAGGCUUAUUCGUGUGUGUAUUUUGUUUUGUUGAAACAGGAUUUGAUUAGUACGCGAAGGCUUGUAGCAGUCAAUCUAUAAAGCCUGGCUCUGGAGCAGAACGUUAUAGAAGGGGGUCUCUCGCUCGCUCGCGCGCUAGUGAUAAACAGAAGAUUUGUACUUUUUUUUUUUACUUUCUUCUGAUUCUAGUCUGAAUAAAUCGAAUGCGACCAUAUUGCUUUACUCGCCUAUUGAUUGUGGUCCUAUAUGAAACCUCAAGACCGUACUGAAGUUUAUGUGACAAUGCAGCCACCGAGUGCGGAAUGUAUUUGCUCAAGGCUUGAAAUAAUUGAUUCAAAUCAUUUUUUUAAUCGGGAAAACUGGUAAUUAAAAUUCUUGUGUACAUAAAGGUGUCUGUUUUUUAAAAUGCUGAAAACAGAAAAUGUAUUUACCGACCGAUAAGCCUUUGUUGAACUUCAAGUUGCUGCUGCUGAAGUGAAUCGGUGUGGAGAAAAUGAUUUAAAAAGUUCGAUGGUAACUUUUAAACACAGCCUAGAAUAAAGCAUCGAACAAGAUGCCUUAUGUUUCUGUGGAGAUGGAAAUCGAGUUUAAUUGCAAGGAAUUCUAUUUGAAAUAUCUUGUUUCCAGAUCAAUCAAUUAAAAGAGAAGAAGAGGAAGAAAACAGAGAUAAAGAAACAAGAAAAAAUCUGAAAAGAUGAACGCUAUAAAGAAAAUGAAUUAGUAAAAAAAAAACACUCUGUCAGUAGUGUGAAAUUGCGAAUUCAAGCUAUCUGUAUUCUGAAUGAUCGUGGAAUAUCGCAUGGUGUUUAAACAGAUAGGCAUUAUAUUUUUCCCAUCCUGUGAGUUCAAUACAAAAUCGGAAGGAAAUGUGUUAAACGGCAUCCACUUUUCAGGUUGAUAAUUUGCACAUUGGUGAAAAUUGUAAAAGAGAAGAGAGAAAGAAACCGGGUUUAUAUUCCACGGACGUCAGAAAAAGAUUUCAAAGUGUGGAUCAUAUUGGCAAUAUCUACGGUAUUAUUACAGUUAGUGUACACUUGAUAUGUAAGCCAACACAUCCAGCUUAUUGAUCGAAUAAAGUGAAUGUCCAAAACGAGAGAGUGCUCAAUACGCAAACGGAGGAAAAAAAGCACUGUGUUGAAGAUGAAUCGGGAAAAAUGAUUUUUCAAGCAAGUGCAAUUCAGAGAGGCUGUUCUUUGUUGAUAUACGUCUCUCUUUUUAGAGAGAGCGUGUUGUAGUGUCCAAUUUGAAGCGCCCUGUGGGUCCAUCGAAAAAAUCGACAAUGGCGUUGACUUCAAGCAGACCUCUCUACAAACAGCGGACUGAGUCCCUGCCAAACACCCUGACCUCGGUUAUGUUUGGAAACGGUCAGAUCAAUCCCGAGGAUAACCCCAACUACCUGGUCUAUAAAAAGAUGGAGCGUAUUGUGGAGAUGAUGCAGGAUGAGAGUACAGGGGUACCUGUAAGAACAGUCAAAAGUUUUAUGUCCAAAGUGCCAAGUGUAUUUACAGGUGCUGAUCUAAUCACAUGGAUUAUGAAGAACAUUGAUGUGGAUGACCAAGUGGAGGCAGUCCAUGUUGCCACUCUAAUGGCUUCCCAUGGCUACUUCUUUCCAAUAGAUGACCACUACCUGAUUGUCAAGAAUGAUAAUACAUACUACAGAUUCCAGACACCAUGUUUUUGGCCAUCGAGGUGUGGAGAACCAGAGAACACAGAUUAUGCCGUAUACUUAUGCAAGAGAACAAUGCAAAACAAACAGAGACUGGAACUUGCAGACUAUGAGGCCGAGAACUUGGCAAGACUUCAGAAGAUGUUCUCUAGAAAAUGGGAGUUCAUAUAUAUGCAAGCAGAGGCACAGGCUAAGGUGGAUAAAAAGCGAGACAAGCUAGAAAGGAAAGUGUUGGACAGCCAGGAGCGGGCCUUUUGGGAUGUCCACAGGCCUGUGCCAGGAUGUGUUAAUACCACAGAGGUAGACAUUAAGAAGGCGUGUCGAAUGAAUCGACACCCCAAGAUGACUCGCGUAAGUAGCAUGCCAAAUUACGCUGUUCCAGGGGGCAGACUCAGUCCUAGCAUAUCUGAGUCUGAUUUAUUUAAUCCGUGUGACAAUAUACGACAUGAUAUAAGUUUAUUAAGAAAGAAACUAGAAAAAAGAAGAGUUAAAAUAUCCAAGGUCUCAGAAAGUUAUCUAGCGUAUUAUGAGCAAUAUGCGGAGUAUGACGCUUUUAUAACCGCUCCAGACCCCUCCAAUCCCUGGAUAUCUGAUAGCACAGACUUCUGGGAACAGGAGAAAACUCUAAAUCCACGAGAUAUACCACAGCGAAGGGUGAAGCGGUGGGCAUUUAAUAUAGAGGAGUUACUCCAAGAUCCGGCUGGGAAGGAUCAGUUUAGUAAAUUUUUAGACAAGGAAUUUAGUGGAGAAAAUCUUAAAUUUUGGUUGGCUUGUAAAGAAUUGAAAGGGUUACCUAUUAGAGAAGUUCACCGUAAAGUACAUGAAAUAUUUACGGAAUUUCUGGCACCUGGUGCGCAUAAUCCGGUUAACGUUGACGGAACUAUCACAGAACUUGUCAGGAACCGAAUGGAAGUUAACCCAACGAGAUACGUUUUUGACGAAGCUCAGGACCAUAUAUUUAAAUUAAUGAAAAGUGAUAGUUACAGUCGCUAUCUACGAUCUGACCAAUAUAAGGAAUUCCUCAGUGGCACACGGAAAAAACUUGUUCGUAUGAAGACCCGAUCCAUUAUACCAAAGUUACCGAGUUUAAACCUGGGUGGACAGUGAUCUUGCAUGGAACUUGUUCUAGCACAAUCCGACAUCCCAUCACACAGCACUCAAAAUGGCUUCCCCUUUUCCAAGAACUUUUCUCCCGGCUGUUAUGCUUUGCACACCUGUUUUGUGUCUGUCGUUGUAACCCAUAUGCUACUUCGUGCAUUUUAGGGACGUAAACCAGACUUAACUGCUGAAUAUAAGCUGAACUUUUAUCUUUAAAACAAGCUUUGUGAUUAACCAAUAAUGAGUAUUGUACGUUGUGUAUUUUUAACAACUCUUUUUCUUGCUCAUGUGUUUUUAUUGGUUUCUAUCCAUUUAAGUUUCAUAAAAAGUACCUUUAAACUAUUUUACUUUUCAGAGUAAAGAUGGAGUAAUUUUCAGUAUUUCAUUUACUUUCUCAUAUAGUACUUAUUUGCUCAUUUGCAGAGUCGUAAACGUUUGGAGAUCCGAAAAGUAGCCGUUUGACCAGAUUGUGAUUUCUAAGGUGACUAACUGUGUGAUUGACUAAAUUGGCUUCCAAUUAUUGACCGGAAAAAGCUCCGGAUUUGGUUUAAAUCUUAUGUUCCGUUUUGGAUGACACAAAUUUCAUGGUGUUGCACUAACCUCACAUGAUUUGUGUACAAAAUACCCACAAAGAAACACGAGCCAUCUUUCGCCAUUUUAUCAUUUCCUUUAACUGCGGAAGUAAAAGGGUAUUGUGAAUCCACAGUAUUUCUUGAUUAGUUGGGUUCACACCCGUUUGGGAACUUAUAUUAUGGUACUCUUUAUUUUAUCGCUGUGUUUGUUAGCGUAAGUGAUAGGAAAGUGACUGUGAUAAGCUGAUACAAAAACCAUGUUGCUCUCAUUAUAAAGUAUGAAUACUGAUUCACAGCUACAGACCGAUACUUUGAACUGAACGUUAUUUUAUGAAACUAAUUGAUUAGUAAAUGUCUAUGUUGGAAACACAUAGUCAAUGCAUCCUCAUUCUGUAUUUUUUUUAAAGAGAAAAAAUAAUACCCUAGUCUUAAAUAGCACUUCGUAUGUUGGAGCGGUCUUCAAUACUUUGAUAAACUAGAUAAACCUUAUUUACUUCAGUUUGAAAAUAUUAUGUUGACUUAAUUAUAUGAGAAAAAAUGCCUUCUAAGUGAUGAUUUUUAGUACAUAAUCCUACAGAUUUUUGCUUGUUUUCAUUGAUUUUCUUUUUAGAAAUAUGGUUUGUUUUUAGCUUUGGUGCCGUCGUCGCCAAAUGAAAAAAAUUACCAGAUUCUUAUUUUCAUCUCUAAUGUAGACGUCUUAAAAAUAUACUAGCAAUUUGGAACUACAAAUAUAACCUGAUAGCAAAAUAUUUAAGUAAUCUGACCUUACUUUGAGUUUAACUGUAGCCAUAUAUACUUUUGCUUCUUUUAAUUUAACUUUUCAAAUCCAUGGCAGUAAUGGUAUCGUCAUAUGGUUUGCAAGUACCUUUUGGAAAUACUAAUACAUUUAUCAGAUCAGUAGUCGGUUGUUUAUCAGUGUUAAUGUUCCUUAAACUAACUCAAAAAUUGCUGCCAUUACAGAAAAAAGCAUUUGCUCGAAGGCAGUCUCUUGGAUAAAAAAAAUUUGAAGAAGUGCAUGUCGUGUCCUAGAGUUACUGAAAGAUCCAGACAACGAAAAUGAAUAAUCAUGCAUUGUUCCUGUGCAUUCUUAUUGCCCAGCUAACUACUUACCAUCUAUUUUCAAAGGGACCAACAGAAGUAAAAGUGAUUUUGACGUCACUUUUUUAGCAUGAUUUGUGAUUUAUGCUGAUUUUUUUUUAUAGUUUAAUAUAUGUUUCUUCAACAUGUUAGAACAUGGGAUGAAAACAGUCUUUUAAAUUUCAGAUGACUUUGGAAUGUGUAAGGCCGGAAAAUAAUGGUUCUUUACUCAAACAUUGCACGUUGUCCAUUUUUUUUCUCUGAAAGCUUCGCCACAUUAUUCAGAUUUUGAUAGAAAGAGUAUUGGUAGUGCAAGGCAAUACAUACUUUAUAUUAAGAGCAUACUAAAGUAAAGAUAUUUUUCUGCAGUAUUUUAGUAAGCAAAAGUAGGAAAGUACGAUUGAUUGCCUCUGUGUGUUGAUUAGUUGGUGCUAAUUUCUGUGUAGUCCAUUCCUAAACACGAUUUGUUACAUAUUUUAAGUAAGGCAUUCAUUUGAUUCUUGUUUGAAAUCAAGAAGUAAUGCCUAAAAUAAAUUGAGUGUAAACUCUAAGGUCACUGUCAUAAAUACAUUUCAUACGUUGCACAACAUCCAAUUUGCCCGUUUUUAGUCUUAUAUUUGUGUAAAAUAUCUUUACCAUAUCAUUAAUAACUGUUUGUUUGUAUAUAUCCUUACUUGUAUAUAAGUAUUACUAGAACAGUUGAAUGUGAUUAUAUAUGUGUGUAAUGUGUACAUUUUGCAACGAUAUUAAGAAGGGGUAUUGUUAUUCAUGUCUUGAAAGAAUUGUUUCAGGGCUUGCCUAUGUGUGUCAUUGAUUGUCUCCCCUUGAUGCCAUUCAGAAACAUUUUGAAAGUCUCCUAACAGUUGUUGCUUGUCACAAUAAUUUACUUUGUUUCAGGAAAUUGUUUCUUGUUGAUGCUAGAUGAAGCUAACUCGACUCAUUUGAGUUUGGUUUGAUUCCCCCUUUUCCCGAGCUCACUCGAUAGCAAAUAUAAGAAAUGAUCUUGUGUACUUAAAGUCAAAACACAUUUUGACAUAUUCUCGGUAUUUGAAUUUUCGAUAUCAUUAUUUUGGGUCAUUUUCUCAUUUCUCAUUGAGACUGCAUUUUGAAUUUGCAUCAACCAGAAUCUCAGAUAGUAUAAAUGUUGCAUAUUUGUUAAUAUAAUAUAUUUCUAAUGGUUUUAAUUUGAAUAUUAUUAUCAUUCAUACUAAUUAUAUAAUUUGAUAAGUUGUUAUUGUGGUGAUUUUUCCAACAAAGGGGAGAUUACUGUCAGUGAUAUAGCAAUAAAGGUUAAACAAA